AUGCGUGCACUCUCUUCUAUUGCUGUAUUUCAUGUUGCCUUUAGAAUUGCUCUGCAGGAGAAUCUGGAACUGAUCCGGAUCCAGCGAGAGCUUCAGGAGAAGAAGAACAGUCUGAGCAUGCUGGAAACGCAGCGGAACCAGAAGUGCACCCGCCUCCAAGCCACCGAGGCUGCCAAUCGUGAGCUGGUUAGCACCGUCAACCGUCUACAACAGGAUCUCCAGGCCAAGGAUAUGGAACUUGCCUCUCUAAAGGCCGCCCUCGUGAGCAGCAACAGCUACAAGCUCAAAGUAACAACGGUAGGGCUAUUAUUUGAAAUUAUCUGGUUAAAGUUGCAAAAAUUCCCUUCAGCGAGUGCACGUAUACUUUCGAUAAUUUUUCGUCAGGACUGUACAUUUAUAUGGCAACGCGAUGCAAGUUUAAACUUGUUCGUCUUUUCGAACAAGUGA